AUGGAACUUAACCGAAAACACCCGCAGGCCGUGGUUCUGCCAGUUCUAUCUUCUUUCUCCAUUGCUCUGGCUAUUCCACCACUGAUUCUGCAUGGAAAGAACCGCAAUUUCCCUGCUACCAGUCUGAUAUUCUGGUCAAUUCUCCUCAACUUGUUCAACAUCAUCAAUUCUCUCAUAUGGCCCACGGACGACGUGACAACGUGGUGGGACGGAUCUGGUCUCUGCGACAUCGAGGUCAAGUUUAUGGCUGCCAGCUAUGUGGGCAUUCCAGGAAGCCUGGCAUGUAUCUUUCGAAGUCUUGCAAUUGUACUGGACACAGACCGGGCCACAUUAGUCCCGAGCAAAGGUCAACGUUGGCGCAAUCAAUUCAUGGAGAUUAUGUUCUGCAUUGCUGUUCCAUUCAUCGCAAUGAUUACACAUAUCGUCUGGCAGAAGAGUCGAUACUUGCUAUUUGCCAUCUCAGGAUGUGUGAACAGCUUUGACGAAAGCUGGGUUAGUCUCGUCUUUGCAUGGAUCUGGCCACCGAUUAUCUGUCUCAUCGCAGCAUACUAUUGCUGCCUGGUCAUCAUCCGCGUACACAAGUACCGAAGUGACUUCGCAAACAUCCUCCGCGCCUCCAGCAGCAAUCUCAGCAAAUCCCGCUUCCUCCGCCUCUUCUUCCUCGCCCUAUCAAUGCUCGUCUGCAUCCUCCCACUCCAAGGCUACGUUGUUUACAACGACAUAGUUCUCUCCCUCCCCUGGCACAACUACUCCUGGAGUAGAAUCCACAACGGGAAAUGGAACACCAUCAAUAUGAUCCCCAUUGACGGCACCGUCUUCUUCGACCGCUGGAUCCCCGUCGUAUCAGGCUUCAUGAUCUUCAUCUUCUUCGGCUUCGGCCGCGAUGCAACACGCAUUUACCGCACUGUCUUCUGGUAUCUCGGACUGAGCUACUGCUUCCCGAGCAUACAGCCUCCAACAGAUACCCACAGCGGGCCCCCUUCCCCCGCGCACGCCUCAACAGCAACCACCCUCGUCGGCAGCAUCGGCUCCCGUGCCAAAUCGCUGUUUUCCCGCCAGAAGGAAUCAAUCGCGACUUUUGUCUCUACGCAUGGUACAUACAACGAUCUGGAAAAGGGUACUUCUUCCAGUUUGUCCCGCAAUAGCGAUGGCAGGUCGGCCAAGAAGUCGCGAUGGAAUAGCUUGCCCUGGUCGCUCUUUAACAGACGUCACACCGGUCAGGAUAUUGAUGGGACUCUGCUCACUGACCUCCCCGGCGCUACCUUGCAAACAGUCUCUACGAAUGCGUGGGCUAGUCACCGUGAUAGUCGGGACUUGCCCCGUGGGCCUACUCCCCCCGGGGAAUAA